AUGGUCGUGGACGGAUCGGGAAUGGUCGUGGGUGGGUUGGGAAUGGUCGUGGGCGGGUCGGGAAUGGCCGUGGGUGCGUCGGGAAUGGUCGUGUGUGGGUCGGGAAUGGUCGUGGGCGGGUCGGGAUUGGUCGUGGGUGUGUCGGGAAUGGUCGUGAUUGGGUCGGGAAUGGUCGUGGUCGGAUCGAGAAUGGUCACGGACGAGAUAGAUGGGAAGUCGUGCCUUCUGGAUGUCCUAGACACGGGGAGUCAGGAGGAGUACCAGUCUGUACGAGACGGCGGGCUGUCCCGGGGACAGGGGUUCGUGCUGGUGUUCUCUCUCACGCAGGAGUCCUCACUCACGGAACUGGAGGAGUACAGGUCAGUGCGAGACGGCGGGCUGUCCCGGGGACAGGGGUUCGUGCUGGUGUUCUCCCUCACGCAGGAGUCCUCACUCACGGAGCUGGUGGAGACACGCGACAGAGUGCUGCAGGCCAGGCCAGGGGGACAGGUUCCGAUGGUGCUGGUGGGCAACAAGAGCGAUCUUGUGACGUCACGAGAAGUCAGUAGGGGGAGGGGAGAAGGGUUCUCGGACAAGUUCAACUGUCCAUAUCUGGAGACCUCUGCCAUGCUGGGAACUAAUGUACAUGAGGUGUUCCGUGGGUUGGUUCGGCAGAUCAUGAAGACGACGCCGGGAUCACGUGAUUAUGACUGCAGGCAAGACUCCCGCGACCAGGCUGGAGGGUCUCGCAUGUGUGUUCUGCUGUGA